CAUCAAUUGGCAGACAUUUUCACGAAACCCCUUAGUAGGGAGAGUUUCUUCCACAUUCGGAACGAACUUGGAAUUUUGGAUAUCUCUAUGAACUAAUCCAUUCUUUUUAUUGACUAUACUAAUUUGAGCGUCGGAGGCGCGAUAAAUUCUUUUUUGCAGGGCUUUUAUUGCAGAGGAAGGAUGCCAAGGUGCAAGAACGCUUCAUCGCGUCAAGAAUCGGCGGUAGAAGAGGGUGAGAGGCCAUGGCGUCGUGAAGGGAGCAAAUACAUCCACAUACAAACCGGACUCGCCUUCAACACUGGGGCUUCAGCCGAGAGGUUCCACAACAUCUUCCUCACGAAGGAGAUCGUCUCUCCUAAGAUCGUGAACAAGGACCUCUUCAAAUCGGCAACCUAUGCCCCGAGUAAGACUCUUUUCUCUCAGCAAGGUUUGCUUUGUUUCAUCCAUUUGACCGAUGGCACUCGUUUCUCCCAUCUCCGUUUUGCCAUCCCCAUUAUGCAUAUCCUUGCUCAUUGCAAAAUAGACUUUACUCGGGACACUCAUGUGCCGGUCAAGAAGACUUGUUUCAUCACUGAAGCAAAGUUUUCCCGGAUCGUGUACCGAGAGGAGGGCGAUGCUGCACUAAAUCUGGACCUGAUAGUCGCAGAAGAAGAAGAGAGCCAAAACGAGACUCAAGCUGAGUCAUCUCGAGCCGGAGGAAGUCGAGCCACGGAGCGCGUCACUCGUCAACGCAGGACUCGUCCAAGAGAAGAAGCACCGGAACCUUCUUGGGUGAAGAGGUUCUUCGAUACUCUCACGUGCAUCCGAGAUGACGUUCGCCAGCUCAACAAGAGGAUGACUCGUUUUGAGCAAUCCCGCUCCUACCGUGGCCCGCGUCACAGCUUUAGCGGAGGAGCUUGUCCGGCGAACUCACUUUGAUUAUAUUCCUUCUAUCUUGACUUAUUAUGAUACAUUGUUAUUUUCUAAUGUUAUUGUUUUAUGACUCUUUUGGUGGAUGAUGAUGUUCCUUUCAAUGAUGCUAGUUAAAAUUAAUUAUAAUUGUGUAUUGAUAUCAUUGUUGGAUUGGCAAUAUUGUUCUUGUUUAGAAUAUAUUGUCCCUUUGUGGCAUUUUUACUAAGAGUUCUCUUUUAAAGAAAACUCUUGCCAUUUU